GGGGGCUUGGGGGGGAUCUUCGAUGUGUUGCUCAACGUUUCGAAUCCUGAUACUAUAUGGUUUUUAAAACCGGACCGGACCAAACCCUUGACCUUAAGCCCACGCACGCUGAACGACCAAUAACCAACUUUUUCGAUAACCAAUUAGGCUAGCAACACGUUGUGAAUUAUUAAUGGAUUAUAUCGAAUAUUAUACGCUCUCAUUUGAUUUGGCCAAUUUUUUAAAACAAUAACUUCGACGUUUAGAAUUUUUGCCGCGAAUGAACUGAUGAACUGACGGUCCAACCGAUGAAAAUUUAAACAAGAAGCCUCAUCGGCUCGGUUUUCUAAGCUAUGCAUGAUACCCCGCCCACCCUCUGUUCGCGAAAAACAAAUUGUUCCACUGCGUCCACGGAUGCACACAACCCAAAUCAUUCUUCAUUUCUAAUGUUGAUCCAAAUAUUGGUCCUCUUUCUAACCGGAACCGGUAUGUUUUGAAUGUGUACUUGGUGAGUUAUAUAUUUCUCUACCUAAAAUUGGAGGUAACUUUUUAAUGACUCACACCAGAAAAUAAUAAUCAGAUUUGAUCGGGCACAACAUGGUUGCUUUGGAAACUCAGAUAGAUCUUGAUAACCAGCAAAGUUGAGUGACUAGUGGCACUGGUGGAGCUUGAGCAUGGUUUUUUAGCCUCAAUUAAAAAAAAAGAGCAUGAUGUCGGGAGGGGCCGGAACAUUCUACUAGAAUAGAGUUGAGAGGGCAAAGUUAGAGUAAAUGUGUCAUCCAUGGCUAAAAUGUGAAUAUCCAAUCGGCUCCCGAGCUCAUCUAUACCCUGUGAACAUUACAUUCAAAAACAAGACUAGAAAAGUAAAAAAAAAUCAAUUUUUUUUGUGAGAAAGAUGCUUGAGUGCGUGAUGUCCGUGCAGAGAUUCAGCACAUUCGGACAUCUGACGAGCUCUCAGCAAAAAAUACAAAAUCAGGUCCGAACAGUGCAAAACAGUAAACUUUUUCACAUACCUCAAAUUUAUCUUUUUUUUUCUUAGAGCUCGUCAGAUGUUCAAAUGCGCUGAAUUUUUGCACGGACAUCACGCACUCAAGCAUCUUUGACCAUAUUUUUUUUUGAUUUUUUAAUUUUUUUACUAUUUUUUGGUGAAUUUACUGUUCACUCCCGGGCUCAAAUUAGCCCGGGAGCCAAAAUGCCCCGUCCGGCUAAAAUGGUCUUAUAAUCUCUUAGUUUACCAUGCUCGCUAGAAAUCAGGCGUUGUGGACUCCCCAGAUUGUCUUGCGUGCAUGUCCCCUCUUAUCAAUCGACCAUCUCCCUUUUCUCCUGCAUUGGUCCAAUCUGUAUGUGCGUGUGUUAUGUGUUCACUUUGGCCCUCAGCUAGUCACCACAGGUUUUCUUGCCUGGCCCAUACGUCCAUGUACAUGCCCUCUUCCCGUUUCUUGCAUAUCUUUUCAUAACCCUGCAGAUCAAGGGGGAGGGGAAAAGUGUUGGUUGCAUUGGUUGUGUUGUGUCCGUCGGUUGGUGCUCCUGCUUUGCGCGGUGUUACAUACUACCGUUGAGCCUUGAGCUGUAAUGCCGCACGAUCUACCUUCCUACAGCAUACGCUGCACAGGAAGACCGCCUGCACACCACGAUGGCCACAACCACAAGUAUGCAAUGGAUAGUGAAAUAUGGUACUUCUAUGAAGUUAUGAGUGAAAAGGAGCAUCUGCGUGCCCGGGAAGAAUGUCCAACUGUAUAAAAUUCUUGCACUUGACGUAUGCUUGGGGCUUACGUAUAUUCUAUAUGGAAAAGAAAACAGAAGUCGGGUACCAAGGCAGUUUUUGGACUCCGGAUUAAAUUAAUUAAGUUUGAUUAACUAACUUAGUUCUUUUAAUACUAUGAUGAUCCGGUUAGUUAAGUUGUCUUAAUCAACGUCCGUGUUACACUCCUCGUCUCUACAAGCGAUCACGUCUAAUCUUUUUAUAUUGGUAGGCUACAGGAUACUUAGCUAUAUUCUCUGUACGUACCCAAUUUUGUAAAUCAACACUUAGUGUGACGCUUCAAAUAAAAUUCCGACAGUAGAAAGUUCAUACAUGCAUUGCAAAGACGACAACCAAUGCUAAAACAUUUAUUAAGCUCCAUAGGAAUAGGAUCGAUAGAAUCAACGUCACCAUGCAAUCACAUUCAACUAAGUCUGUUUGAUUUAUACCAUCCGCCCACCAGAUGCUAAGCCCGUUUGAUUUAUAACAUCUGCCCACCAAAUGUACUUCACCGCUACGCUGGAGACCAUCUCCAUCACCUAUAAUACUUAAAUUUUCGAAAAGGAGGAACCUAUAAUACUUAAAUACAUGCAUCGAACUAUAUAAGACACCCAAUUCCAUUUGCAUAAGGCAAGCAGGGCACACAUUGCACGCUAGUGUUAGCAAGCAAUCCAUCAAACAUACCAGGGCCAUAUCAGAAGCUUUGGUCCUUGGCAUCCUCGGAUGCCUCUGCUUCUGUAGUUCGGUCUUAGUCGUGUGCGAGCUCAAUGAUGACUUGUGGAUGGUGGCAAGGCACGAGAGCUGGAUGGUGCAGUACAACCGUGUGUACAAGCAGUGGCGGAGCUACAAGGAAUUUCCUGGGCGGGCCAAGCCAAAGGCGGACUAAAACUUUUGCCCUAGUAGUCCAGUUUUACAGUUUUACCUUUAUACUUAAGUGGUUUUGGCUCAUGCUGGAUGGGCCAUGGCGCUGUUUUGUUCCUAUGUAGCUCCGCCAGUGUGUACAAGGAUGCAGUUGAGAAGGCACAUCGAUUUGAUGUGUUCAAGGCCAAUGUCAGGUUCAUCGAGUCGUUUAACGCCGAGAAACAGAAGUUCUAUUUGGGCGUCAAUCAGUUCACUGACCUCACCAACGAGGACUUCAAGGCGACAAAGGCUAACAAGGGGUAUAAACCAAGGUUCAAGAGGGUUCCUACCGGAUUCAGGUAUGAGAAUGUAAGUCUUGAUGCACUUCUGACAACCAUAGACUGGAGGACCAUAGGUGCAGUCACCCCCAUCAAGGAUCAGGGCCAAUGUGGUUGUUGUUGGGCGUUUUCCGUUGUCGCUGCUACGGAGGGCAACGUUAAGCUCAAAACUGGCAAGCUUGUCUCGCUAUCGGAGCAAGAGUUGGUGGAUUGUGAUGUCCACGGUGAAGACCAAGGUUGCGAGGGAGGGCUCAUGGAUGAUGCAUUUAAGUUCAUAAUCAUGAAUGGCAGUCUCACCACUGAGUCUAACUACCCAUAUACGGCGGUAGAUGACAAGUGCAAGAGUAGAACCAAUGGCGCCGCGACCAUCAAAAGCUACGAGGAUGUUCCAGCCAACAACAAGGGAGCCCUCAUGCAAGCCGUCACAAGCCAACCUGUCUCAGUAGCUGUGGAUAGAGGAGAUAUGACAUUCCAAUUUUACAAAGGUGGAGUGAUGACUGGCUCAUGUGGCACUGACCUGGACCAUGGUAUUGCUGCCAUUGGUUAUGGCAAUACUAGCGACAGAACAAAGUAUUGGUUGUUGAAGAAAUCAUGGGGAACAACAUGGGGUCAGAACAGAUAUUUGAGAAUGGAGAAGGACAUUCCCGACAAGAGAGGCAUGUGUGGCCUUGCGAUGGUGCCAUCUUACCCCACUACAUAAAAAGAGUGUCAUAUGCCACAUAUCCUCCUAUGCAUACAAAGAUCAAAUAAUUAAACGCGUGCACUUUAA